AUGGCCACCAAAAAUUUAGAUGUCGGCGUUUUCAUCCCGAUAGGCAAUGACGGAUGGCUUAUUUCCACCACAGCCCCCAGGUUUAUGCCAACAUUUGAGCUAAACAAGGAGAUUGUGCUAAAAGCUGAGCGCUAUGGUUUCGAUUUUGCCCUGUCAAUGAUCAAAUUGAGGGGGUUUGGAGGCAAGACGGAGCACUGGGAUCACAAUCUGGAAUCUUUCACACUCAUGGCCGGUCUGGCAGCGGUGACGUCCAAGAUCAAGCUCUUUGCAUCAACGGCAAUUCUUACGUUGCCACCUGCGCUAUGCGCCAGGAUGGCCACCACCAUCGACUCCAUUGCGCCAGGACGCUUCGGUGUCAAUAUCGUGACGGGAUGGCAAGCCGCCGAAUACACGCAAAUGGGCGUCUGGCCAGGCGACGCUUACUUUGGGUAUCGAUACGACUACGCCGAGGAGUACGUGCGGGUGAUGCGCGAGCUCUGGGCAAACGGCACCUCGGACUUCAAGGGCGAGCACUUUAAAAUGGACGACUGCAAGUUGAGCCCGCGCCCUUCGGGCGACAUCAAGGUCAUUGCCGCCGGCCAGAGCCCCCGCGGCGUCAAGUUUGCGAGCGAGUGGGCCGACUACAACUUUUGCAGCGGCAAGGGCAUCAAUACGCCCACGGCCUUUGCCGAUGCCAAUGCCAGGCUGGUUGACGCGGCCAAGGACACGGGUAGGGAUGUUGGGGCCAUGGUGCUCUUUAUGAUCAUUAUGGACAAGACCGACGAAGCAGCGACGGCGAAGUGGGACUACUACCGAGAAGGCACCGACUGGGACGCGCUGUCAUGGGUCGCAGACCAGAGCGGAAGGGAUAAGCAGGCUGAUGCCUCCUCCACGGCCAGACGUCUAGUGUCCACGCUGGGCGAUCCGGUCAACAUGAACGGGGGCACGCUGGUGGGAGGAUACGAGUCAAUUGCGCGCAUGUUGGACGAGAUUGCCGAGGUGGAAGGACUCAAGGGUGUCAUGUUGACGUUUGACGAGUUCCUCACUGGGCUGGACAACUUUGCCGAGUUUGUGCAGCCGCUGAUGAAGAGUCGGGCCAAGAUCAAUGGGGUUGCUUAG